CUCCACUUGACAGAAAAGCCGACUUUGGACUAAUUCAAGUUUCAUGACAUUUUGCUGUUAGGAGGUAUCUUACAAGAAGACGGUGAGGGGCUGCCACUGACGAGGACGGACGGAGUGAAUACAGAAGAAAUAUGUCACAUCAGAUGUUUCAUGAAACUGGGCAAGAUGGCCGAUCAGUCCUGGGGAUGCUGGAGGUACAGGUAGAGAGAGAUCCAAAGACCGGGGCCACAGUGGUCAGGUCAGUGGCCCCCGUGUCCGCACCGGCCGGCGGUCCCAACGCAACCACGGUGUUCGAUGACGGCAGGAAGAGCAUCCACGCCCUGGGCGGGUCGGCCGCUCAACCCUCCACUGAAGAGCUCGGUCAGAUCUUGAGCGCCAUCGAUGGCGUUGGGAUGAAAGUGCUCCUGGAGGAGGUGGCAGUGACCCCGAACAAGGCAGAAGCCAAAUCGGAGGAUGAAAGAGGCAACAGGGCACUGAAUGAAAACAUCCUGCCUCUGAUUUCCACUCACACCGUGUCAAAGGUAGAAAAGACGCAGCUUGACGACUCAAGAAGCGACCCGUCGGAAGCUGUAGAGAAGUCUACCACAAUGGUGGUCACAGACGUUGCACAGCAAGUGGACCACAUUGAAGAUCAGAGACUGGAGGAGGGGCCGGUCACGCUCAUGUUCCUGGGAUACACUGAUGGUACGACCGGCGAGGACGAGGCCCAGGAGGACCAGGGAGGCCCGAUCACCGUGGAGCGAGUCAUGAUCACAGAGGACGGAGAAGAGCACGUCUUAGGCCCGCAAACAUCGGUGUCUCUUCAGCCUCCGUCAGACAGAGAAUCACAAGACGUCAAGAGAAAGCCUGAGGGUCUUCAGGAUGUUCCCCUGGAGGAGAAUGUAGGAGGGGCUAAAGUCAAGGAAGGUGAUGAAGAGCUUCAGGAGUCGUCUUUACCCACUGCAGCAGAGGGAGGGGGCAAAGCCAAGCGCAAGACCUGUCAAUGCUGUUCCGUCAUGUAAGAAAUCUCCAAGGAGCGACUCACUGACUGUUUGACUGGUAUCACUACUUAUUCUUAUUUACUUCGGACCAUUUACAGUCACUAAUUCAUGAUAGAAUUCAGGAGAAGAACAUGCAAACACCUCACAGAAAUACUCUGAACCUAGAAUCUUCUAGGCAAGGCGGAGCAACCACUGCACCACCGUGCAGUCCGCCGUCAGCACUUGAUAUGUCCUCUGAACAUUCCUGUUAAAGGACUCUUACAGCUGCUCUGCUCGACUAAUAAAAAUAACACUUGCUCCCCCUUCUGGACAAAGGAGAGAAUGUAAAACAUGGCCUCAUGGACUCAACUCUCCUUCUCUUUGCCUUAUUGAGACUCAUCGAAUCAGCCAAAUAUGCUCCAGACUGUACGAGUGAAGUGGGAGGCAUGCUUUUAGAAUGUAUAUUUCAGCUUUCAGCAUAUAUAUUUUACCAGUUAUGUUAAAAUUUAUUGGCCGUUUGAUAGAAUGUGUACUUGAAAGUGUAGAAAAUUUAGUUUUCCAAAGGGCUACUCUCAAAUGCAGUUAUCACUGUGAAUGAUACA